GAUGAGAUAAGCAUUAUAACCAUUCCUUCACUCUGCACGACACACUCCACACGGCCUGGUCUCCUCCACCAUGGGCCGCUUCCACUCAUUGUCACUAGCAUCCUCAACAAUCUCGCUGCGCGCUCUCCUCCUUCUGUCCGCUCUCGCCCCGUCCGUCCUCGCUAGCGUCACUGUGUACCAAAUCCCUGCGCAAUAUGCCUUGACGACCACGGCGUCCAGCGCUUCCGCCUCCUACUCGGGCGUCGCGGCUUUCAAUCCCUCUACGCUCCAGGCCCCGCCCUUACCCACGGCCAGCGUCAUGACGACUAUCCCCGUCGCACUGCAGCAAAGCGGCACGGUCGGGAUGAGCAUCAAGCAGAAGGGCAGCUUUUUCGGGUUCUCGGUGGAGAUGAGUGUCGUGGAACAGAUCUUCGGCAAGAACUCUUCCGUCAUCCAGCCCAUCUUCCUCAACCUCAUGGCCAACGUGCAACAGCGUGCGGGGUCGGUCAUGGUGCGCAUGGGUGGUAACACGCAGGAGUCUGCGACGAUGGUGCCUGACGGCACGAUCCCGAACGGGCGCAUCAUGGAGAAGAACUUGACGGGGGUGACAGGCACGACACAGACGCCGCCGUUGCAGUACACUGACGACGUCCUUUACAUGCUGCGGAACGUCAGCAGCUUCGUCAACGUGCACUGGUUCCUCGGAAUCCCGUGGUUCGUCACGCAGCCGUUCGACCUCCAGAUCAUCACCCGCGGGACGGAGAUUCUGGGGGACUACCUUUUGGGAUUCCAAGCUGCGAACGAACCGGAUUUGUACUUCGCACACGGACACCGAGCCCAAUCAUAUGGACCAUUCGACUACAUGGGGGAAUUCUCGGACUACAUUAACCAGGCAAGCGCUUCGGGCAUAGACCCCUCGGGCAAAGGCCGCCAGCUUCUCGUGGUUGGCAACGUCGCUGACGGGUCCGGGGGUUGGACACCCGAGAUGGUCUGGAACACCGGGAUGAUCGAUCAGUAUACGAACAACAUUGCCUACAUGGCUGUCGAAAAAUAUCCUCGCGACAAUUGUGCAGCUAUGUUCGGAGGCCCGAAUGCGACAGGGAUCGUUGACCCGCAGACUGUCCUGCCGCUGUAUCUGACGCACACUGCGCACACGGAUCUCCUGGCGCCUUAUCUCAACAGCACCGCCUUCGCUCAGACGAAGGGUAAACCAAUGCUCAUGUUUGAGACGAACACGGCUUCAUGCGGUGGAUUCAUGGGCGUGUCGGACUCGUUCACGGCCGCGCUGUGGGGCAUCGACUAUGCGCUGCAAAUGGCUCACUCCAACUUCUCGGGUGCGAUGUUCCAUUUGGGAGGACGAGAUGUGUUUUACAAUCCCUUUACCACACCGCCGACGAACGAGUCGCUGUUCCACCAAUGGACCAUCGGUCCCCUGUACUAUUCCUCGCUGGCCAUGGCCGAGGCGCUUGGCCCGUCGAACAACUCGCAAGUGCUGAAUCUGCCGAUCGCCAACAUCAGCGAGUUCACUCCUGUUUACGGAAUCUAUGAGAACGGAACGCCUGUGCGGGUUGCGAUCGUGAACUACAUCAACGACCCGAGCGGCGCGAACGAUGUCACGGCCGUGAUCUCGAUCGCGGGUGGAACGCUGCCCAGUAGCGUCAAGGUCAAGUACAUGGCUGCGGCCAGUGUUGUGACCAAGGGUAACAUCACCUGGGCCGGACAGACCUUUGGUGGCAUCUUCGCAUCUGACGGCCGGCCCGUCGGGACUGAAGACAUCCAGACUGUGAACUGUGAUACGAACGCUCAGACUUGCAGCGUGAAAGUGCCCGCGCCUGGCUUUGCGCUGGUGUUCUUGUCGGAUAGCGCCCAGACGCAAGACGCAGGACUGCCAAGCACGACGUUUGCGACGACGCUGGUCACCAAGACGCAUAACACAGCGACGAUCAACCCGACUUUGAUGGCCACGUCGAACGGAGAGAGGAUGGCAGACCAUGCGUUGGCUGGGACCUCCAAGCCUCCGAGCGCUGGGUCAAGGCUAGAGAUUUCGAUAAUGGGUGUAGUGGCUGGAGCAGCUCUAGGAGCUGCCAUGAUCUUGUUUGGUUGAUUUCUAUUGCUGUCUAUGUUUUCCAUGUCGGUUCUUGUGAUUGUUAUUAACUUGAUCAUUCCCUUUUGGACAUUAUACCAUUGUUGUGAGCGUUAUG